UCUAGGUCUACCGGAAUAAAAGUGUGGAAAUAGCGCGCGAGUUCAGUAUUUGUUUGUCGUUACAAAUCGUCGGACACGGCCGCAGUUUUUUCUCCGAGCGGGUUUACAAUUCAAAUUAGAAAUCCACACAUCGCAACAGCAGCAGAAUGUCACCGAACAACGACUCGGAAAAGCCACUCAAUCCCAACGAGCUCUUGCACAUUCCAAAGUGGGUGAAUGAGGAUUAUUUCCUGCCGAUUCUCGAAAAGGAUGUGGAAAACUUUGACAAAAUCGUGACCUUAACGCCCAUUGCGGCCACCGCCCCCGGGGAAAACUACACAUCCAUUAUGAUCCGGGUCAUCGUGGAUAUCCUGCUAAAGGAUGGCAGCGAGCAACAAGUGUCGUACAUUUUGAAAACCAUGCUGGAGGCGGAUAGUGGAGCGGAUGUGGUCAAUGGCAUGGGUCUGUUUCCCAAGGAGAGGAAAAUGUACGAAGUGCACAUUCCGCAGUUCGUGAAACUCUACAAGGAGGCGGGCCUGGACAUUGAGUUGGCCCCCAAGUGCCUCCAUGUGGAGGCCACCGCCGAGCUGAUCACCCUGGUAUUCGAGGAUCUAAGCCGACAGAAUUUCAAGAACUUCGAUCGCCUCAAGGGCUUUGAUCUGGCGCACAUGCGCCAUGUGCUCCGGAAACUGGCCGAACUUCAUGCCGCCUCAGCGGUGGCCAGGGAACUAAACGGGCCAUACGAUCCGCUCUACUCCAUUUCCAUGUACAACGAGAAGAGUCGCGAUAUGUUUGAGUCUCUCGGGAAGCUGCGGCAGGUGCAGUUCCACAAGGCGAUGCGACAGUGGGACCUAGAGGAUGCCGAAAGAUACAUCUCCCAGCUGUGGAGCCCCUCGGAGGUAUUCGAAAGGGCACUGCUGGUGAAUCGGGUCGACGAGAACGAGUUCAAUGUGCUGAACCACGGCGACUGCUGGUCCAACAACAUCAUGUUCAACUACAAGGACAACGGGGAGAUAGACAGAACCCUGUUCGUGGACCUGCAGAUCGGCAAGUGGGGCAGCCCGGCCCAGGACCUUUGGUACCUGAUCACCACAUCCGCUUCGCUGGAAAUCAAGGUCAAGGAGUUCGACCACUUCAUUCGCAUCUACCACGAGCGACUGAACGAAUGCCUCAAGCUGCUGAACUACUCGAAACCCAUUCCUUCGCUCAAGGAUCUGCACAUCAUGAUGCUGAAGUACGGAUUCUGGGGACCCCUGACAGCCUUGGGUGUGAUGAUGGCCACUCUUAUGCCCACAAACAAGGACGCCAACAUGAAAAUGUUAAUGGCCACAGGACCCGAGGCCGAUGCCGUUCGUUACAGGACCUUUAUCAAUCCCUACUACGCCAAUGCCAUGAAGUUGCUUUUACCAUUUUUCGAUAACAAAGGGCUUUUGAAGUCCGCAUAGGUUUAACGUACAAUGUAGCCAGUUUAUUGUGAUACCAUUUAUCAUAAGAGCAAGCAAUAAAUAUUAGUUUCCAUGUAAUUUCAACAUA